UCUUUUUUUUUUAUUUUCUUUUUUUUUUUUUCGCCCGUGUGACGCCGGAUUUCGCUCUCUGUGCUGGGAACGUCCGAACCGGGCCACGUACAGAGCCGCUCAUCCUUCUGAACCAGAGCGGGAAGCUCCCAGGGUAUUAAAAUAAUAAAACAUGUCUAACGGUUAUGAAGAUCACAUGGAUGAUGUGUGCAGGGAUGACAUUGGCAGAACCAAUUUGAUUGUGAAUUAUCUGCCUCAAAACAUGACACAGGAUGAGUUACGCAGCCUCUUUAGUAGUAUUGGUGAGGUUGAAUCUGCAAAACUUAUACGUGAUAAAGUUGCAGGUAAGCAGAUAGGACACAGCUUAGGAUAUGGUUUUGUAAAUUAUCUAAAUGCAAAAGAUGCUGAAAGAGCAAUAAACACACUAAAUGGACUGAGACUGCAAUCAAAAACUAUAAAGGUAUCAUUUGCUCGUCCAAGUUCAGAAAACAUAAAGGAUGCAAACUUGUACAUCAGUGGACUCCCAAGGACAAUGACACAAAAGGAUGUGGAAGAUAUGUUUUCAGGAUUUGGACGUAUUAUCAAUUCACGUGUCCUUGUUGAUCAGGCCACAGGUUUAUCACGAGGAGUUGCUUUUAUACGGUUUGAUAAGCGAUCUGAAGCAGAAGAAGCUAUAGCAAGUUUCAAUGGCCACAAACCUCCAGGUUCAUCAGAACCCAUCACCGUGAAAUUUGCUGCCAAUCCUAAUCAGAAUAAAAACAUGGCCCUCCUUUCCCAGUUGUGCCACUCUCCUGCUCGGCGUUUUGGUGGACCAGUUCACCACCAGGCCCAAAGAUUCAGGUUUUCCCCAAUGGGAGUUGAUCACAUGAGCAGUAUAUCUGGUGUAAAUGUUGCAAGCAGUGCUUCAUCUGGAUGGUGCAUCUUCAUAUAUAACCUUGGCCAGGAUGCAGAUGAAGGAAUCCUUUGGCAGAUGUUUGGGCCUUUUGGAGCUGUCACUAAUGUGAAGGUUAUCCGUGAUUUUAACACCAACAAGUGCAAAGGUUUUGGUUUUGUGACGAUGACAAACUAUGAAGAAGCUGCCAUGGCCAUUGCAAGUCUUAAUGGCUACCGUCUAGGGGACAAAACCUUACAAGUUUCCUUCAAAACCAGCAAGUCCCACAAAUAACUUGCUCUUAAAAUUUUGUAUGAAAUAGAGAAAUUAAGAUUGACAAAGUUGGGGGAAAACUCUUUAUUUUUUUUUUCUCCUUUUUUUUUUGGUUAGUGUAAUACUCAUUUUGCGCCAAUUUUCACAAGUGUGUUUUUUGUCUUAGUCUAAAUGAAAAGUGGAAAAGGAUUUUUUAUACUCUGGGGAUGCAACUUACAUGUUCAAAUGUUUGAGAGAUCCCACCAUGUUAGACCAAUUUUAAGUUCAUUAAGUUAUUUACAUUAAUUAUUUGAAUAAAAUAUGGAUAGAUUGCAUAAAAUACCCUACGGAUGGUGAUAAGUUUAAGCAUGCAUUAAUCUUGAAGACUUUCAAAAAGUUUGCUCUGUGGGUUGUUAUAUAUUCCAGACGCUGGAAUUAACUUUUUUAAUGAAGCUGUAAAGUAUGCAGCUUAACUUUUGUAUUUUUUUCCCCAUCUCAGACUUUAAAAGCCUGUAGAGUUACAGAGAUUAGUAUUUGUCUGCAGUUUCAAUUGCAUAGUUAACAGCAGACUUGUCAGGCUUCUCAUAGUGGAGAUCUGUAGCAGCAACAGCAUGUGUCUAUUAUAUGUGCAGUCCCAUGUAGGACAUUUGAUUAAUGACUGUGAUAACUUCCAACAUUAUAUAAGUAGCCAUUUUUUGUGAUUAAAAAUGAAAAUGGCGUAAGUGUAUGUAAUAUAUAUAUAUUUUUUUCCUCUAACUUUGGGAAGUGUAAAUUGGCAUUACGUGAAAUGAGAUCAAGCAUUUUAGAGUUUAUGGGCUCAUUGCACCAUACUUUUCUAUCCGGGUCCUAUUGUGACGUCGCAAAUGGUGUGAAUGAUGCUCUUUCUUGCAGGUUGACAAGGAAUGCCAGCUUCCUUCCCAGUCCAGAUUCUCACCUAUUGAGCAGUAUCAAUAUUGCAAUCCAAAAUCAGUUGCCCAAAACCACCUUAUCUGAACAGAUGUAAUAUUGCUGUCAUUUAUUCAGUUUGGUCCUAAAUGGGAAGUCUCUUCCUGUUUAAAAGCCACUUUUCCUGCAAGUUACAUUUUCAAACUUAAAGUUUUAAUAUUUUAUUCCCAUCAAUCCAUAUGAUCGGAAUGGACCAAAGAGUUCCGUGGAAACUCAGACAAUUCCAUAGUUAAAGUAAGGACUCCCAGAAACCUGUUCCAUGUUUCUAUUCUUAACAUAGUUAUUUUUUUUCCCUUUUGUCUGUGUACGUGGUGCACUCUGUAGUGGUACAUACACUUACUGAACUAUGUAUUGUUUUUCAAAUAACAUUAAGCAUAGUUUAAAAUGAUAGGGAUUAUAACCUGUAUAAACAUUUGAGCAUUGUGCUUUUUUUUUGCAUCCCUUUUUGUGACCUAGGGAUUUAUUUUUACUUUUUUUGGUUUCAUUUAUUUUUGUUUCUUUUAAGGAACUUUCAACAGUUUUCAAGUUAAAUAUUAACAAAAUAUCUGAUUAUAGUUAAAGUAAAACUAACGGCCCUUACAAGUUUCUACAGAAUGCCUUGAACUUUUCAGUUUUGUUCCUCUUGAUUUCUUUUGCUUUUUUGUGUUUUCAUUUUGUUUAUUUUGCAUUUAAGACCAUUAAAUUUGAUUUUCGUUUUGCUCAA